AUGCAGUAUUUAAGAGCUGGGACUCGACUGAACACCGAGCAUUAUCUAUGUGGACUAGAAAUGAUUNNCCGGAUGCUGAGCUACGAGUGGGACGAAGGGGAGCCGCUGUCAGCCCGUGGCGAUGACUCCACUGGUCUGCUUUCCGAAAGGAGGAACCACACUCUACUCAGGCCCAUCUACAUCAAUGCAGUAGAAGUCGGCUAUGCAUACACGCAGUGCGACAAGGAUAAGCGACUCAAUGUUCGUGGAGUCACGAUUGCGCUCUGGUAUUUCCUUUCGAGAGGGCAUCAGGUUAGUGAAUUUAGUGGGUACAUGGACCGCUAA